ACAAUAAGGAUGGAAUCGAACAAUGCAACAGAAACAGCUCUUCAAGCAGUGGCCGGCACCAUUCUUGGAUUAACAUGCAUUGUUGGGAUUCCAGGGAAUUCACUUGUCAUCUGGGUCAUCUUGUAUAAGAUGAAACAACGUUCACCCACUGUUAUCCUGAUUGUGAACCUGGCGUUUGCUGAUCUGAUCGUGUUGGUCACUUUGCCACUGUGGAUUUAUUCCAUUUGCAACAGUUGGGUCUUUGGAGAAACCUCGUGCAAAGUCCUGGGCUAUCUCCUUUACUGCAAUCUGUACAGCAGUGUGUUCUUCAUCAUGCUGAUGAGCAUAAACCGCUUCUUGGUUAUUGUGUAUCCAUUUGCCUCCCAGCGAUGGCAGAGGACAGAGCGUGUUUGCAAAGUGGUCCUUAUUGUUUGGGGUUUGGCCUUUGCGCUCUCAGUUCCCAACCUUUUAACCAGGAAAGUGGGCAUCAUCAAUGACCACCCUCAAUGCUUCGGUGGUCAGUAUGAUUCCAAAGGCCAGCAUAUAUCAUGCCUUGUGUUGGAAACCCUGGCUGGAUUUGUAAUCCCUUUUACAGUUCUGGCAACCUGUUACGGAUUGGUUGCAAAACGGGUGGGUCGGAUGACCUUUAAGAGCAAACACAGAUCUGAAAUGCUAAUUAUUAGCAUUAUUGUGGCGUUUCUAAUCUGUUGGUUUCCAUACCAUGUGUUCAACGUGAUUGAUCUGGUUUCCUUGACACUGGACUCCGACACAUCCAAGACGCUGACAACGGUUUCUGAGGUGGGCACCUACAUUACAGCAACGUUAGCGUUUAUUAGCAGCAGCGUCAAUCCCCUGCUUUACGCGUUCGCUGCGCGGAAUUUGCGGAAUGGGUUGCGCUCGUCAGUGAUGGCCAAGGUAUUUGAACAAAUAGCUCAGUACACCACCAAUGAAAGCAAGAUGGAACGCGAAGAUGCAACAAAUAUGGAAAGUGUGGAAGGACUGUAAACACUUGCUGCGUUGUUAAUAAUGCCACCUCGAGAGAAAAAAAGCAGCAUUGUGUCUGAUAUACACAGUGCAGCAGAAAGAGAAGAGCAUUCGCCUUGCGAGGUAGCGGAUGCCAUUUUUGCAUGCUUUAGAAAUCCGCGUUACAUUAUGUACGCUCUGUUUGAAUCAUUUGCCUGUCGAAUUUGUCCUUGUGCAAGUUGAUUACGUGUGCAUCAUUUAUAUUUACCACUGAAUUACUAAAA